AUGAACGCACCGCUAGAAAUACGCUCGCCUAUCGCCAUCGGAUCGCAAGUCAGGGAUGACUCUAAAAAUCUAUUGCACAAUGAUGCGCCCAUUGUAGAAGAUAUUACGCCAUCGCUCGAAACAUGCUCGCCUAUCGCUAUCGCAUCGCUUAAGGAAGAAAUCUCGCCAAUCGCACCAUCACCAUCACAGCUAUCGCCGCCUGCAUCAUCAGAGGUCAGGGAUGACCCUAAAAAUCUAUUGCGCCUUAGCACGCCUAUAGAGGAGCCUUCUACCACAUCAGAGGCUCAAGUUACACCUCACACUGACCAGAGUUUGCCUCUGGUAAUUCCAAUUGUCACUAACGAUCACGCGCAUGUUGCACUUUUUGCUUCUAGUGACUAUCGCUUGCCAGCAAAGCAUCCAUGCAUCACGCCGCCUAACCACCAAGUAGAGCUUGUCUCAGGCGACCCUGGGGUGACUCAGGCGCACCAUAUUGCGCCUGAGGACGCGCAAUGCGCGCGCCUAGAGGCAUUGUAUAUUUAUCCUCAUCUCAUUUCGCGCUUUUUGUCUUUUUCAUGUUUGAAGCUCUUAAGGAGCUAUAUGACGCUUCCAAACACUUUAAUUUCAUCUUCGCACCACCCCUCAUUCACGCGCCAUGAUCGCGCGCAUCGCGCAAUAAUUCCCGCACCUCGCGCAUUCAUAAUUUUAGCAGAGUUUUCACGCUAUCCCAUUUCUAUCGUUUCUCCCCUUUUAAAUCACAUUUCUGUCAUUCAACACAAAGUAUAUUCCAAUCAGCCAUCCAGGCGCGACUUAGGCGCGCGCCUGACACAAACAUAUGCGCCUAACUCCCCUAUCAUCAUCUUUAACUUCGCACUUUCUGCAUUUAUUCACAUCCUUCGUGUUUUUGCUUACCAUGUUGAUUUCGUUCCUGCACACCCUGAUGUGCACUAUUCUCUUUCACCUAUGCGCCUAUUGCGCCUUGAUAUACCACCCUUACAGCCCAUUCGCGCAACAUUUGCGCCUAAUUCCACGCUAUAUACAUCUCUCGCUAACACAUUUGCAGGGAAAUGGCCGUUCCUCGCGUGUUCGGCCAAUAUAAUCAAAUUCGCGCGAAAUCGCCCCAAGGUGCGCACAUCGCGCGCAUCCUAUCAGCUUGUAGGGCGCCUCUACACCCCUUACAGCGCCUCCCAUUGGCGCGCCUCUAACCUGCAACGCGUUGUGCAGGAAUUCAUUCUGCCAGUUACAAGCCCCCCCAAGCGCGCCAGCCUCGCGCAUUCCAACCCUACCUUGGGUAAAGUGUCGGCUCGCAAGAGACGCGAAGCGCGCUAG